AUGGGAGACUUGGCUUUAUUCGAUUUGUUACAGUGUCCUGUGUGCUUGGAGAAGCUGGACGUCUCGGCCAAGGUGCUCCCAUGCCAACACACCUUCUGCAAGCCUUGCCUACAGAGAAUCUUGAAAUCGCACAAGGAGCUGAGAUGUCCCGAAUGCCGGACCUUGGUGCUCUGCAGCAUAGAGGAGCUUCCAGCCAACUUGCUUGUAAUACGCUUGCUGGACGGCAUCCGAUUUGGACCAAGCGUGAUGAAGUUUGGCUCGCUCCAAAGAUCUGGAGUUCUCAGCUCUCCUGCCUCUGUCAGGAGAGUCAGGGGAGAUCCAAGAGGUUUGCAACUCAAUCAGUACAGGCUGACUUCACUUCCCAGGAUGCCUAUGGAAGGGGUUCCUCGAGCUAAAGCCCUGUACAGCUACAGAGGACACAGCCCUGGAGAACUAAGGUUCAACAAAGGUGACAUUAUUAUAUUGCAUCGACAGCUGGAUGAAAACUGGUACUUAGGAGAAAUCAACGGGGUCAGUGGCGUUUUCCCAACAAACUCCGUGCAAGUUAUCAAGCAGUUGCCACAGCCGCUUGCCCUGUGCAGAGCGCUAUAUAACUUUGAUCUGAAAUCCAGGAACAAAAAUGAUAACAUGGACUGCCUGACUUUUCAUAAGGGUGAUAUAAUCACUGUAAUCAGCCGAGUGGAUGAGAACUGGGCGGAGGGGAAAUUGGGCGACAGAACUGGAAUUUUCCCCAUCUUGUUUGUGGAGCCCAAUACAGCAGCACGACAGCUCCUCCAAACAAGCAAAAGUCUGCAGUCUUCACCCUUACGGAGAUCGUUGCCUAGAGCAAAAUGCAUGGAGUCCCCUGCUUUAUUCAAAGGGUCAGAUUCUAGAAGGAAGAGCAUGAAGCAAUUCUCAAUUACAACUGCCUUAAAUACUCUCAACAGGAUGGUCCAUUCGCCCACAGACCGGCAGUCUCUGGAGAUCAGCUCUCCAGUGCUCAUCAGCUCCAGCAAUCCAUCUGUGGCUACCCAGAACAGCGAGAAAACAGAAUUCCUGUACAGCACCCCCGUUCAGGUCAACGCUGCCUAUUACUCUACACCUGGAUCCCUGGGGAAUUCUACAGCCAUUGUCACUCUUCCCCACGUACAGCAACAACUAUCGGUGAAUAUGUGCGUGGCUUUACACUCCUACACAGCUCAUAGUCCAGAUGAAUUAGAACUGCAAAAAGGAGAAGGCGUUCGUAUUUUGGGGAAAUAUAAAGAAGGCUGGCUAAAAGGGAUGUCUUUGGUCUCUGGAAAAGUUGGGAUCUUCCCCAGCAAUUACGUCACUCCACUUUUCAGGAAAUCAAGCGUUCCUGAUUCAAGAAUGCCUUCCCUCUAUGCCACUUGGACAUUAUCCACUUCCUCACUUUCAUCCCAGGGAAGCAUCUCAGAGAACGGCCCACGGCAAAGCAGACCUUUGAAAUCCGCCUUCAUGCCGGCGUCUUUGGCCUCACCUGUGAGGGAUCUCGCUGUGCCAACUGUUACAGGGCAAACAGCAUCACAGAGGAGAGGACGUGGCAGCAAUAGGAAGAAUGGAUCUCUCCAGAAACCUGUGCAGCCUAUAGCUAUUAUUCCAUUCAUCAACUCCCUGAGGCGCACUUCUGCCACCCCUUUACAACCCCAGCAAUCGCCAAUAUAUCAGCCUGUUUCCAGUCUGCCCAGAGGAGUUGGCGGUGCAGCUGACACAGGAGUGAGGCUGAAUUCCUCCCAUGAUUCUUCAUUAGUGUUAGUGCCCCGGAGCGGAAACAGCAGAGCUCCUUCGGUGUGUAGCUCUGUAUUGGACACCAAAGAAUUGCCAAUGAAAGGUGAAUUGACUCUAAAGCCACCUGCAUCCGCUCCACCCUCCAUAUUGGUGAAGCCAGAUACCUCCCGAAACAAUAACGAGAAGCAAGUGAAAACAGUGAGGUUUCAGAACUCCAGCCCUCCACCAUCCAAGAGACACAGCGCUCAGCUUUCACCCAGCCUGCCCAGUGGCAAGACUGAGCAAGGAGGAGCGACUGAAGCCACCCUGGCAGAAGCAGCCAAGGGCUCCGAUGUGUCAUCUCUCUAUUCCCACCGCAUUAGCUCUAGUCCGGCUCAUCAAAGAAUGAUGCUGCAUCCCAAGACCAUACCCCUGGACCUUUCUAACCAAGCAGGUCAUCUGACCUUUCCUACAAAAAAGAAUUAUAACAGCAUCUCUGAAAACUGAAAGGUUAAUCCUACUUAAUUGCUCCACUCUGGA